GACAAACUAUUCAACCUGUAGCUUUGGAUAGGACCGUCCGUCCCACGCAGUGGAAAGCGUGUAUCACUAUCACCAUCAUCUUGUAUGAGUCCUAUCAGGCAUUAUGAAACUGAACAUCAUUUACACAUGUAAAGGAAAACCCCUGUGAGGACGAAUACAUUUGGGAACAAACUUUUGGAAUUUAUUGAAACCUGGGACCUUUGACAGUUAUAAAGUUUUAAUAUAGGCUGUGAAUUGUUUUGAUACUUCACGAUCAGACAGAAUGUACUCUCAGAAUCUGAUCGUUUUGGUAUUUUUAAAUUCCCUCAUCUUUCUGACGAUGAUGUGCCUCCCACCAGCCUCCGCGCAGAAGUCCAAUGGUCCGAGGUGGCUUAUAGGAGAGAGGGAGAGCCACUGUGCUACUGUCUGCUCCAGGACCCACGGCAAACCUGUUUGUGGGUCAGACGGACACAGUUAUGAUACCAGUUGUGACCUGCAGAGGGCGAAAUGCAAGGACCGCACCCUCAGCCUCGCCCACAGGGGGCGAUGCAAAGAUAAAAACUUGGUGAAAAAAGAUGAACCUUCUAUCCUCCCAGCACCUACACAUGCUUCAGAGCGCAAAGAACUGGAAUUAAAAGAAACAGGCCAAUCCAAGUGUCGAGUGGAAAGGAGCCAGGCUUUGGAGCUGGCAAAGAGGCCACUGGAAUCUAUUUUUAUACCACAAUGCAACGAUGAUGGAACAUUUGCCCAGGUCCAAUGUCACACUCUCACAGGGUACUGCUGGUGCGUGACAACAGAUGGCAAGCCAGUCAGCGGUUCUUCUGUCCAGAACAAAACGCCAGUGUGUUCAGGUAACUUCCGUGAAUUUAUGGGAACUCAUGCUGGUACAAGUGGAUUGUCAGGUUCAGUAACCGAUAAGCCACCAGGACAUCCUAGUUCUGGCAGAAAAGUCUCUUUCCGUUUCUUUCUCACCCUAAAUCCAGAUGAUGGCUUCAAGCCUACGCCCACCAUGGAGACACAUGUUGUGCCAGAAGGUGACGAAAUCACAGCACCCACGUUGUGGAUUAAGCAGCUGGUAUACAAAGAAAACAAACAAAACAGUUCAAACAGUAGGAAACCAGAGAAGAUUCCUUCUUGUGACCAGGAGAGGCAAAGCGCUCUGGAUGAGGCUCGGCAGAACCCACGGGAGGCCAUUUUUAUCCCUGACUGUGGCUCGCUAGGCCUCUACAAACCUGUCCAGUGCCACCAGUCCACUGGAUACUGUUGGUGUGUACUGGUGGACACUGGACGACCCAUUCCGGGAACCUCUGCAAGGUAUAAGAAACCAGAAUGUGACAGUGCAGCUCGUUCUCGAGUCUCAGAGAUGGAAGAUCCCUUCAGAGACAGAGAUCUGGCAGGAUGCCCAGAGGGAAAGAAAGUGGAAUUUGUAACUAGUUUGUUAGAUGCCCUUACUACUGACAUGGUGCAAGCUAUCAACUCACCGGCCCCCUCUGGUGCUGGGAGGUUUGUUGAGCCUGACCCAAGCCACACACUGGAGGAACGGGUGGUUCAUUGGUACUUUGCCCAGCUGGAUAACAAUCAGAGUCAUGACAUCAACAAGAAAGAGAUGAAGCCCUUCAAACGCUAUGUAAAGAAGAAAGCCAAACCUAAACGGUGUGCCCGCAAGUUCAUAGACUACUGCGACCUCAACAAGGACAAGACUAUCUCCCUUCAAGAAUUCAAAGGCUGCCUUGGAGUCAAUAAAGAAGGUAGUACUACAAGCAGCAGUCAGGGUGCAAGGCAAGGGACCAGUUUGUUCAUAGGUCGUCUGGUUUGAAGACAGAAAGUUCCAGAAGAUGAGGCAGUUGCACAAAACUCUUUGGAAAAGCAUCUGUUCACUGCUGGAAGAGUGAAGGAUUCAGAGUAAUAAUUGAGAGGUUCCUCGAGAAAAACACAAGAUGAAAAAUCAAGGAGCCCAAAUAUUUGCACUUUCUCUACCCGUUGUUAGACAUUGAGUCAUUGUUUGUGUUUUAUUAAAGGUUUUGUUAAUAUGACAAAAAAUGUAUAUGUCAGAAAACACAGACUUCAUGAAUAACCUGCUACCACCCAGUCAGUAUUAUAUAAUUUUGUUUGAUAACACAUUUUUAAAUGACAAAUUCAAAAAUGUAAAAAUUCAAUUUAAAAUGAAUAUUAAGGUUUGAAAUUAAGUUGUAGAGUAAUCCCUCUGCUUGCAGUUUUGUCAAUGUCCACUCAGCCAGUUUAUUUACCCUUUUGUUAUCCUUAGCAACCGAGCUAAUGGAGCAUUGAGGCUGAACAAGAAAUGAAGCAAAAGCGUUUCUGUUUACAAACAUUAGCCAGACCUGCACUUUAGGACAACGGUAAUAUUCACCUAACUAUCACCUAAAAGUUAGCAGUAAGUUUCACAUGGUUCGUUCUGAAGUUAGAGGUCAAAAAGUCUAGCAUGCUAAAUUAGUUUUGUAAAUGUCACAAACACUUUGCUAACCUUCAGUGUCAUGCAAUGCAUUAUUAAGUAAGAACAACUUGUGUCAACAACUGCAAGAAGAUCUAUUAGUUUGUUAUUCUUUAAUCCCUAAUUGACAAACCUUAUAGACUGGGAAAAUUCAUGAUCAGUGGUCUAUUUAUGAUCUCUAAAAUAUAUAUAUGAGGAGCUCAGAUGCAAAAGCCUCUUUAUAAAACGGCUAGUUCCAGUCCUUGAUUCUGAUUGGUCAAUAGGUGUGCUUUAUUCACAAUAAAACACUGCUAUGACCACUUCACCCAACGGUUCUAUUUAAUAUCACUGCGCCCUUAGCAACACCCUUAGCAACACAUAAACAUAUAAUGAGACAAAGUCUGAGAACAGUUUGUUGUUUUUAUUUGAGCUUUCAUGUUGUUGUUCGCAGUCAGGGACUAUUUUUUCUAGCGGAAGGAAUGCUUUUAUUGAUUUAACUUCAUGAAAGUUGCACUAAUAUUUUUUUUACUUUAAUAUUGUGUGGCAACCGUUUUAUAAAAGCAAUAAGGUACUCGAGGCAAGUGCUGUAUCGUGAAUAAGUAACGGCUGAAGGGGUUGCAGGCACUCCGCUUCGUGUCGUGCCUAACAACGCCCUUCAGCCAUUACUUAUUCACGAUACAGCACAGCCUCUCGUACCUUAUUGCUUACAAACGCCACCUCUGUCAAAAAGGAGACGAUGAUAUUAACCGGCCUCAGGUCAUACAGAAACAGUGUUGGGGAAAGUUACUUUUAAAAGUAAUGCAUUACAAUAUUAAGUUACUCCCCAAAAAAGUAACUAAUUGCGUUACUUAGUAACUUUUAAUGGAAAGUAAUGCUUACAUUACUUUUAAGUUACUUUUGCGUUACUUUUUCUUACUUGGCUGAGGCUUGAUCUCUUUCAGGCCUUGCAGGUCUUUUUUAUAAUCGCAAAAAUGUGAAGCUCUGGCCUGCCGUCUCUGUUUCUGACUCAAACUGUUCCCACGCAGGUACAUUAUUUUAUUUUUUAAAUAAAAUUGAUUAAACUGUAAAGUAACUCACAUUACUUUUUUUAAUGUAACUCGAAUAUUAAUGUGUACAUUUAUAAAGUAAUGCGUUACUUUACUUGCUACUUAAGAAAAGUAAUAUUAUUAUGUAAUGUGCGUUACUUGUAAUGCGUUACUCCCAACACUGUUCAGAAACACCAGAAUCUAUUAAUAAUUAAUUAAUCAUUAUCUUCUGAUAAGAAAACAUAUUUACAAGAAAACAUAUCAGGUGCACUUAUAAAAAGGGUUUUGCAUCUGAACUCUUCAUAUAUUGGUAGCAUUAAUAAAAAAACCUGUCCUAUUCCAUAUUUUCUAACCCAGGUGUAGCCAUGUACUGUAGCAACUCCUUUACAAGACACUAAACAUAAAGUGCCAUAGUUUUAUAAUAAUACCAUGAUACUUUUUGAAGUACCUGGUAUAUACCAUAGAAAUACUGUGGUAUCUAUAAUUCAUUUGUGCCACAGUAUGUCUCAAAUAAUCAUGGUAUUGCAUGGCACAUGGCAUCUCAUCCAAUAACAUCACUGUACCAUGGUAGCACAGUACUUUUUGUGAUGGUAUAGGGAUUCAUUUUCUUCUCUGGCUAUUUCAAGUAAUUACAUUUUACAUAGUUGUAAAAACUAUUUCGCACACCUUUACACUUUGGGUUUAUGUCCUGUUAGACACAUGUUACAUAAGUAUUUUAUUUAGCAAUGUUGUUGUUUUUCUCUGUCAGCUAAUCAAUUGUGUAGUUGCUGCAAGGGCAAAAGAAAAAAAUAAGAAGUAAAGACAUGACAGAUUGUGAAAGACAUGAAUCAAGGUUAAAGUUAAGGCGUUUACCCAUCAUUCAGUGAAUCUUGAAAAUAUUUUUUUCAUCCGUUUAAACAAACAAACAAACAAACAGAAAAAUAGAGACAUACUGUACAUAUAUUCUCUCCCAACCUUGAUGAAAUGAUCUUUCUAAUUUAGAAAGGAUGUUGUGUGUUGCUCUUUAUGUUUGGUCAUGUAGCCAAUGCUUGUAUGUUACCAGUGUAUGGGAUAAAAUGUGUGUGUAUGUGUGUUUGGGGGGGGGUAUAUGUGGUUUACUGGGACAUGAAUAGUGUAUAAUGACACACUCUAAAAAAUGGCUGAGUUAUUUUUGACCAUAAUAGAUAAAUAUUAAACAGAACACGUGCUGGGUUAAAAAUGACCCAAUGUUGGGUUGAUGUUAUGCAACUAUGUGGUAUAAUAACCCAGCAGUUGGGUUAAAACAACCUAGCAUUGGGUCAAUUUUAACCCAGCUGUCUGUUCAUUCCAAUAUUUACCCAUUAUGGGUCAAAAAAUAACCCAGUCAUUUUUAGAGUGCAUGUUUAUGCUAUAAACAUGCUUUACAGAGACACAGGAAGUGUCCCCAUAAACUGAACAGCUAAAAAAACAAACUAAAUGGUAGUUUUUCAUAGAUAGUUGGGGUUAGAGGAAUAAAAUAUACAGUUUGUACAGUAUAAAAUGUAUUGCGUCUAUGGAAUUGUCCUGGUAAACCACAUAUGCCAACAUGUGGGUGUGUGUUACUGUGUUUAUGUGUGAGUUUAUUAUUGUUGCCUUUUUUCCUACAGACAUAUGCUUGGAAGCCAUUACUCUGGCUCAAGAAGUAAAAGUGUCAAGUUGUAAAUAUUUAUCAUAUGUGAUUUUGGUAUUUUCUCCAAGUCUUAAUACAAUGUUUAGCAAAUUCUGAAGUCAAUUUCAACAUCAGUUUGAAUAUAUUUUAGGGUAAAGUUUGUAAGUAGCCUGUUGCUCACAUCAUAACAUUGCUGUUUGUAAGUCACAAUGUAAAAUGAAAGCCAGUGACAAUACACAUUUAAAAAAUCA